UUGGGAAGCAGUUGCCCCAGCAACAGAAACAGGGCGUUUCUGGCAGCGGUGGUCGCCAUGGGGACGGGGAUGCUGACGAAGGCUUGUGAAGCUGAGAAGACAAAUUGCCCUCAUCAUUAUCUCCGGGCUUGUCAAUCAAACAUAUUCCCUUAUUUACCUCGGCGAGGAGAGAGCCCCGGGAGCACACAGAGAGGGAGGGAGCAAGAGGAGAACUGCUUGCCCCAAACUCCGCACUGGGGAGGGAGCAUUUCCAGCCCCUCGGGAUGGCCACCAUCACCUGCAAUCGCUUCACCGAGGAGUACCAGCUCUUCGAGGAACUGGGCAAGGGCGCUUUCUCCAUCGUCCGGAGAUGCGUGAAGGUGUUGGCAGGACAAGAGUAUGCGGCCAAGAUCAUCAACACCAAGAAGCUGUCUGCUCGAGAUCACCAAAAGCUGGAACGAGAAGCUCGGAUCUGCCGCCUCCUGAAGCACCCCAACAUCGUGAGGCUCCAUGACAGCAUCUCCGAAGAGGGCCACCACUACCUGAUAUUUGACCUGGUCACUGGUGGGGAGCUGUUUGAGGACAUCGUGGCCAGGGAGUACUACAGUGAAGCGGAUGCCAGCCACUGCAUCCAGCAGAUCCUGGAGGCCGUCCUGCACUGCCACCAGAUGGGGGUGGUCCACCGGGAUCUGAAGCCCGAGAACCUGCUGCUGGCAUCCAAGCUGAAGGGUGCUGCCGUCAAGCUGGCUGACUUUGGCCUUGCCAUCGAGGUGGAGGGGGACCAACAAGCAUGGUUUGGUUUCGCUGGCACCCCGGGAUACCUCUCCCCCGAGGUGCUCCGGAAGGACCCCUAUGGCAAAGCUGUGGACCUGUGGGCUUGCGGUGUCAUCCUCUACAUCCUGCUGGUCGGGUACCCGCCCUUUUGGGAUGAAGACCAGCACAGACUCUACCAGCAGAUCAAGGCUGGGGCUUAUGAUUUCCCCUCCCCUGAGUGGGACACAGUGACUCCUGAAGCAAAAGAUCUCAUCAACAAGAUGUUGACCAUAAACCCGUCCAAGCGCAUCACGGCAGCGGAGGCUCUGAAGCACCCCUGGAUAUCGCACCGUGCCACCGUGGCAUCAUGCAUGCACAGGCAGGAGACAGUGGACUGUCUGAAGAAGUUCAAUGCCCGGAGGAAGCUGAAGGGAGCCAUCCUCACCACCAUGCUGGCCACCAGGAACUUCUCCGGAGGCAAAAGUGGUGGCAACAAGAAGAAUGAUGGCGUGAAGAAAAGAAAGUCCAGUUCCAGCGUUCAGUUAAUGGAAUCGUCGGAGAGCACCAACACCACCAUCGAGGAUGAAGACACCAAAGUACGGAAGCAAGAAAUCAUUAAAGUCACAGAGCAGCUGAUCGAAGCAAUAAGCAAUGGCGACUUUGAGUCCUACACGAAGAUGUGCGACCCUGGGAUGACUGCCUUUGAGCCUGAGGCUCUGGGCAACCUUGUGGAAGGCCUGGAUUUCCACCGAUUCUACUUUGAAAACCUGUGGUCCCGGAACAGCAAGCCCGUGCACACGACGAUUCUGAACCCCCACAUCCACCUGAUGGGAGACGAGUCUGCCUGCAUCGCCUACAUCCGCAUCACACAGUACGUGGACGCGGGAGGGAUCCCUCGCACGGCCCAGUCCGAGGAGACCCGCAUCUGGCACCGCCGGGAUGGCAAAUGGCAAAUCGUCCACUUCCACAGAUCCGGCGCGCCCUCCGUCCUACCGCAGUAAGCCCUCUGAAGCGCGGUCCUGCCCGUGUUGGGUUUGUCACUGACUGACUACCAAGGGGAGACCUCCUCUGACAUCUUCACCUACGGGACUUUGGCUGUUGGCUCUGCUGCUUGGUUCCUGCUGGAAUAACCCCUCGCUUCUCACCGCACACACGCAACAGCCCCGCCGGCGCCACGCAAGCAUCCCAUCAAACCUCCCCAUCCCGCUGGGGCCGUGGCACUGGGCCCCCUUCCUCUGCAUGAACCAAGAAAAGAGAAACCAUGAACCUAAACCCAAGCAUCUGGCCGGUGAGAUGACACGUGCCGGGGUAAAGGCCUCCCUCCUCGGCUGCAUGGCGUUGGUGGGACUCCCCACUACCCGGCACGUCUCCUGAAUUGGGCUCAGGCUCAUCAUCCACCUCCAUCCCCGUCUCUGCUGGGAGCCCCCUGAGGAAGAGGAGGGCAGGGGGGCUAUUUUGAGCUGCUCUGUGCUGCACCCCCUCUCUGUGCGCUGGUGGAUUUUGCUCUGCUGCUAUCAAGGUCCCUAUCUGCUGCCGUGGCUCCUGCCUGCUGCCAACCUGAGCUCCCGCUUCCCAGCAGCCUUGGCCGGGGAACCGCAAUUUAAACCAUUUGCAAAGUCCAUUUUUGUGAGGAGGGCAGUGUUCGGAUGGGUGAGUAAAGGCUAUCUGUUUAUUAUCCCUUCCCAGGAGCGUAGGCUGGCUCCUUCCCAGGAGAGUGAGUAGGUUCGCACCCUGGCUCCGGGCGGCUGCCACACUGAGAGGGAUGCUCUCCCUCCUUCCUCCCUUCUUUCUCCCUUCGGAGCAGGGACUGGCGAAGCUGGGAGAGGAGGAGAAAGACGACUGCUUCCUAGCCCCGCAUCGGCACAGCCGGGAGCCAGGGAUCUCCCAGCCAUGCCAUGGCGGUAGCAUCACUCCCGUGCCCUCCUCCUCACCCACCACCCAGCCUGGAUCCUUUGCUCCAGCACCCAGCCCCACUGAGCACCCACCCCUGCCCCUCGCAUGCAGCACCCAGAGCUCCCCCGCACCCGACUCCCAGGCUGGGACGGGGGCAGCUGAGUUGGCCACUGAUUUGGGGUGCAAGCCUCCAUCCAUCGCCCACACGACUCCUUCCAGCGACAACAAGGAAUGCAAGCUUUAUAAAGUAACAAAACUCUGCAGAAUCUGAUUGUGCUUUGAAGAAAACAAACAAGCCUUUAGCUGUCUUCUACUUUGAGCGCAUGCCUUUUUAUAGGGAAAAGAAAACAACCUACUGUGUAUUUCGUAACUUGAUUUUGAGUAUUUGCUGAAAUGGAUCUUUAUGUAAUAACUAGAAACAUUCAACUGUUUAGGGCAGGGAGGGCAGGGGGGAUUUUCGGGAUUGAUGUUUUUUGUUGCGUUUACAUUUGGAGAGGGGUUGCACCGCCAUGAUGCUCCUACCAGGGGUCCCGCGGCUGCCAGCCCCCACCCUGCACCGUGGCUGCUCAUCCCAUCCCAUCCCACAGCACUGGGCGGGCGAAGGCACCCACCUCCAGGGGCAUCCCCCCUCCCCGGGGCGCCUUCCCGCACCCCACGGGUCUUCCUGCAGGGCAAACCCAGGUGGUGGCUCUUGGGGAGCCACUGGGAUGUGGCUUGCAGGACAAGAAGACAUGGCCGGGAAGGGGAAUUUUGGUCUCACCUCUUUUCCGUCAGGUAGAGGUCUGAGAGUGGGUAUUUUUCCGGCAAUUCUUCCGUUUCUUGUUCUCUUUUUUCCAACUGGAACCUCUUUGCUUGUUGACAUGAGACUCCUGCAGCGCUGCUGCCCUGGGGGACUUUCUAGCUGCACUCUCUUCAUCUGCAUGGCGUUUAACUUUCUAUACGGUGCGUGUGUUGAAAAACAAAGAAAUGAACAAAAAACCGCUCGUUUUGGACAUAAAAAAAGGGAAAAAAAGAAAAAAAAAAAAGGAAAUGUUUUCUCCAUGUAAAUUCUGAGCGUGUAUUUUGCCUUUUCUGUGGUUUUGAAUGCUUUGCUCUCUGUCGAGGCAGGGACGGCUGCCGUAUGAAAUGCAGCUGCGUCCUUGCAGACUGCAAAACUAUUUUCCCACUGGAUGGAGGGGAAGAAAUCCAAACUGCUGGGGCAUGAACAGGCCCUGAGAAGUGUUUCAGUGUGUUCCACUUGCCAGUGGCAUGAUGGUUGCUGGCAUUGUGUGUAGGAGAUGCCUUUUUGGGGGCAAAUCCCACAGGUGCUCCAUGGGUGCAAAUGGGUGUCGCCAUGCCCUUGGUGAACCUCUGCUGUUAGACCAUGGAGUUGCAUUGGCUUGCAAGAGUUGGCCCCAGAGCAGGGAAAUCCAUGCAGGGAGAGGAUUAGCUUUUAAGGUAGAGUUUGGGUGUUUUUACAGAUCUGUUUUUCUUCCUGUAGUCAUGUAGUGCUGAAGUUUUUUUCAUUUUUUAAAGGAAGGACUCAGCUCUUUCACAGUUCUCUCUCUCCCUCUCCAGAGCUGGCUCUGAAGCCAGCCACGGUGAGUGUCUCAUCCACCUCCUGAUGCUCAGGCUCUCCUGGUGCCAGGAGUAUUUUUGGUGAUUGGUAUGAGAUGGGUAAGGAAGGAGGAGGUCAUGGCAGGGCUUUGCAUGGGAGCUGUAGCGCAGAUGCCAUUUCAGUCUGGUUUUGGAGCUGCCACUAACUGUGGACCUCAGGUGGGCUGUGAGGGUGAAGCUGCCUCAGCAGCUGUUACUGGAGAAAAGACUGGGACAGGGGGUGCAGUGGGGUUUGCCAGGGAUGACGGAUGAGAUGCUGGGGUAGAUACAAUCUCCUUUCAUUGAGAGCCCACUUUGGACACUCACUGCUAGGGAGGAACAUCUUGGUUUCCAGGAAGUCUUUGAGGUGUCUUGCUGGAGGUGGUUUCUCCUCUUCGAGGUUUCCCUAUGGUUAUCUCUCCAGGGACAGAUUCCUCUGGAGGAAACUGGAUGUCUUUGCAGCACCUAAAAUGCUCCCAAUCCUUUCCAGGGAAAGCAGAGUCUGGGGUUUCAACUCCUUCUAGUCUUCCAGUCAAGCUGAAGCCUGACCAAGGAAGACCCAACUUCCCAACCUGCCCAUGCUGGCAGCAUUAAGCACCUGCACUUUAGGGGUCUAUUCUGCCUGGUUUCUCUUCCCCACCUCGCCCUGCUUCUCCAGACCAGGUUCCUGUAUCCCCAAAGCAUCUCUGAGCAAGCACUGAUAUACCACCAUCCUUUCUUUCAGUAGCCAUGGUGAACAGCUUCUGUCUCUGUCUUCCUUCACAUUUCCUGAUUUCUCCUCAACUUGCAAGAAAAUGAAAAGAAUAAUCAAUGGCCACCGUCCUCCUUUGGUUCAUAGAGCCAGGGAUGCUGCUGUUACAUCUGUACUUUGAAGCUGUUGGCACUGUCCCUGGCACGUGCUAAUUGGCAUCACCCCAGCAAUCCCACCAUGAUUCUGGGAUUGACAAGAUUCAGGGCAUGUUCCCAAUAAGCAAUAUGGACAAGACCACCUUGUUGGGAUGGAGUUUACCACCAUGGACCUCCUGUCCCCGUCAGCCUCAAGGCUGGAGAACAGGCUGCAGCACAUUUCAUUUCCUAGUACAGACAGAGCCUGGCUCACCUGGUUGCCUGGCUGUCUGGGUCAAACUGAACUCGGAAGUCCUCCAGACUGAUCAUCCCUUCCACCUCCCACAUACCACAGGGAAUAUCUGAGUGGAAGCACUUGCUGUGGUGGUCUCAGGCCUGCAGCUCCACAGGUGGGCUUGGGAGUCGCCUGUUUUCCCUGUCUGGCUGCCAGGAUCCAGCUGCAACAUCAUAAUUUCUCAGGUCUUGCUGGUGCAUCUGCUCUGGAAGAAGAAGAGGCUGCUCCUGGGCCUCUGCUCUUUCUGGAGGAGCAGGUGCUCUGCUCCUUGCCCUGGCCGGGCACAGCCAGGAGAGCUGUCUUACCCCCAAUUCUGAGUAAAUUCCCCCUCUGCCAGGCACCAAACCCCUGUCUGACCCCAAACCCGCUUCGUCUCCCUUUGUCCUCCAGGAGUUGAUGCCCCCAUGGAGCCUUGGAGGCUGGAGGAGGCAGCAGCAGCCGUCUGCUCUCACUUGAGCUCACAGUCUGCUCUGCAGCCCACGGCAGGGGACUAGCAAACAGCAGUGUCAUGUUUGAGAGGGCAGCCACAUAGCCCCAUGGACCAAGAGAUGUCUGUCAGCAAAAGAUCCCAUAACCAACUCCUCUGAUCAUCCCAGGACCUGAGCUAACCCUUCUUCCCCACUGCAAGACACAUCUCAUGGUGUACACCACUCUCUUGAUGCAAAAACCAUCCUCCUGUUAGCAGGGUAGAGACCUUGCCAUCACCCAUUUCCAGAGGUGUAGGUCCCAGCCCAUCCGUACCAGACAGGGAAACCCAGACAUGAACAGGCUGUGAGAACAGUGGAGAAGGGGCUGGUGGCCCCUCUGCCAUCCAUCCCCCAAAGGCCACCCACCAGCUCCCCGCCCCUUGGCUGAAUGUCCUUCCCACCUGCAGGUCGACAGGGAGUGGGAGAGGGGGGCGGUGGAGGGGGCUGUGUCGAGCGGCUCCUUCCUUCUUUGGGUUGUUGUCCCUUUUUUCUAACUGUUGCACAAUUUUAGGGCUUUUGUAACAUUUUUUUGACAAGCAGGGAAAAUAUGUUAACAGUGGUUUAAGAAAAAAAAUGAGAUAUCUCUCUCUCUCUCUUAUAUAUUAUAUAUAUAAAAAUAUAUACAUAUACUUACAGGAAAUCUCUAUGGAAAUAUUUAUUUAAGAUGAUUGCAAAAAAUAUAUUAUAAUCAAGAGUAUACCAAGCUUUGUCACAUAACAAAAAAUCAGGCCCCGGGGAGGGGUAGCUGCCUGUCCCCUCGUGUCUGUCAGUCCGUACAGUUGCAGCUGAAGCCUUUCUCUUAUCUUUUUGUAAGUGCACUCGAACUGUCGAGCAGUGUGACCGUGUUGGAUUCAGUGGGAGCUUGAUGGGGGGGGAGGGAUUGAUUUUGUUUCUUUUUCCUUUGUUUUUCUGGAACCUGUGGCUGUGAACAGAAUGAUCACUGCUCAAAUCGGAUGCUCUAUUUGGGGAGGGCGGCGGGGGGACUGGGAGCGGGGUGGGUGUGGGAGGGAGGGCGAGUGUCAGUUUUAUUCUUGGUGUUCAAGUGCAAUAAAUAGCUACCAACUUCUGAGCAUGGAAA